AUGUUAGCAUAUCGAAGACAUCUGGGAUCGGCAGUGCUCGACGGUCACUUGUAUGUCGCAGGAGGAUAUGAUGGCUCAUCCCGAUUAGGUUCGGUUGAAAAAUAUGACCCUGUCAUCAAUCAGUGGAUUGCAGUAACAGCCAUGAACAUUACUCGAUAUGGGGUAAGACUGGCCGCUGUAAACGAAACCCUAUAUGCUGUGGGUGGGAAUGACGACAUUACCGACCAGGAAACCGUGGAGGUUUUUGAUAUCAAGUCAAACCUAUGGACAAAUCACAGCUGCAUGAACGAUGCGUGA